AUUACCGUGCCAGGGAACUUUCGAGACUCGUCAAGAUCUUUAGUUUCCAAACACUUGCUUGCAGUCAGGGUCUAUAAGUUAAACUAACAUCUGGCAUAUAUUCAAUAUGGGUUCAGGUAAUGGCAACACUAGCUUCGAGAUCCCAAGUGAAUGCAUAGCAGGCGUGGUUGUCAAUGAGGGGCCAAACUUCCAUAUCGAGGUCAAGAAUGUUCCCGUCCCUGAAAUUGGUCCCGAUGAUGUCCUUAUCAAGCUCAACGCUACUGGACUAUGCAUGUCAGAUGUGCACUUCAUGUUGAACGACUGGUCCCAGCCGCCAAUGUCAACUUUCGGCACCCAAUGUGCAGGCCACGAGGGCGCGGGCGUAAUCGUCAAGGUUGGGGAGAAUGUGAAGCAUCUGAAGGUAGGCCAAAGGGCUGGCUACAAACCUAUUCAGGAUAUUUGUCAUACCUGUUGGGAGUGCCAAAAUGGACGAGAGACUUACUGCAUGAACGCAGUGCUCACAGGAUUACAUAUAGAUGGAUCCUACAUGCAAUAUGUCAAGUCACCAGAACGAUACACCACUAUUAUCCCCGACGGUCUCAGCGACUAUAUUGCGGGGCCUAUUAUGUGCUCUGCAUCUACCGUGUAUACCUCGCUGAAAGAGUCCGGACUGCGUCCUGGUCAGUGGGCUUGCUUCCCGGGUGGUGGUGGUGGUGUCGGUAUCCAAGGCGUACAGCUCGCUGUGGCUAUGGGGUUUCGUUCGAUCGUUGUCGACACUGGCGAAGAAAGGGAGGCCUUGGCUAAGGAGAUGGGCGCAGAGGUAUUCGUUGAUUUCAAGAAGAUUGAAAACCCUACCAAAAAGGUGGUUGAGAUCACUGGUGGCGGUGCUCACGGUGUCUUUGUCACAGCAAUCCAAUCGUAUCCGAUCGCUCUCGACUAUCUGGGACCGCGUGUUAGUGGUAUUGUGAUGUGUAUUGGUAUUCCUCCGACUGGCGAGUUUCAUAUGAAUGUCAAUCCCAGUGUACUUCUGUUCCGAAACCAGUCGAUCAAAGGCACGCUUGUGAGCAGCCUCGCCGACGUAGCCGAGACACUUGAAUUCGCUGUGCGAGGCAAACUCCGCCUAAAACCGACAGUUGUAGGACUAUCCAAGUUCGACGAGAGCGUUCAGAAGUUGAAGAAUGGUCUAGUUGCUGGUCGUAUCGUUGUGGACUUCAACUUGCCUUGAAGCUCUAGAUUUGAGACGGGUGGUUGCACACCUAGAAUAUGGCAUCCCGCGGCAUGAAAGCUUCCGCUGGGGUAUGUACACA